ACAAUUUAUUUUAAUGAAGAAUAAAAGUGAGAAAGAAGUAUGCGAACGAGGAUGAUGAUUGCACAGUGUUGCUCUAGAGCAGCGUUUGGGCAAUUGAGGAUGAGCACCACCACCACUCCCACCCACGACGAUCUCGACGCCGUUUUUAAACAAAAGCGCUUACUCCGAACGCAGGUCAGAAAAACCCUCAAGUCCAUUCAACCCUCCCUCAGAUCUCACCAAGAUAACGCCGUUCAGGACAUUGUUCUCGAAGCUCCCUGGUUCAAAUCCAGUCGCAGGCUUUGCGCCUACAUAAGCUGCGCUGCGCUACGCGAAGUCGACACAUUCAAAAUUUUGUCACAAAUUUUGCAACAUAAUGGUGGAAAAAAGCUGUAUGUGCCGCGCGUGGAGGAUAAAAAUCGUUUCAUGCGAAUGCUCCACAUAUCUCGAAUUGAUGAUCUAGUUGCGAACUCAAUGAACAUCUUAGAACCUGCUCCGGUUGAUGCUGAUGGAAAUGCGCGUGAAGAUGUUAUGCAGGCAAAUGAUCCAGUUGAUUUGUUCCUUUUACCUGGACUUGCAUUUGACAGAGCUGGAAGACGUUUAGGUCGUGGUGGAGGUUACUAUGAUACCUUCCUGAAGAAUUACCAAGACUUGGCAAAGACGCGGAAUUGGAAGCAACCCUUGCUUGUUGCACUGUCAUAUUCUGAACAAAUUCUGGAUGAAGGAGUAAUACCAACUACUCCGUCUGAUCUUCCGGUUGAUGCUCUUGUAUCUCCUGCAGGUGUGAUUCCCAUCAGUUCAGCUGCCUUAAACAGAAUGGAUCUCUAAACAGUGACACUGGACUUCAAAGCUGAUCCUGAACACUUUCAACAGUAUCUCUUCAAUAAAUUUUUGCUGUUCCUGAAGUGGUGGAAGGCGCCUAAGGAUUUGGAUCUUGUAUAACAGAGGAUAACCAUUUCAUCGAGGGACACUGGAGUGCGUUAAAUGAUUGUUUUCAGAUUAUAUUCUUCCCUCUCAAUUCGAUUUGUUAUGUGGUAUACUUAAUGGCUACAAACGUUAUCUUUUUUAAGCUCAGAAGAUUUUCACUGAUAUCCUUAAUA